CACAACCACCCACUGCCCCGCUGUACCCACCAAGUGGAACGUCGUACUAACAACCCAAUUUCUUUCAGGAAGGUUGAUUCAGAUUUCCUAUUACCGUUUGCCGUUAUUACCUAAAGGUAAGGCUCAGGCUAAAAGUCGCGCCUUUUAAAUUACCUGUUUGUUCCUCCGCGUUUGGUGGGAACAAUACUCCUACAAAAACAAUGACUGAGAUAACUUCGGUUUCAUGUCCGCCUCUUCACCCCGUCCCCCGCUUGAAGCUUCCGAUAUAACAUGUAUCGCGCCGGAGCCGUUCGAACCCAUACCCCUCAUUGCCGACAUCUUACGCACCGGAUACUGUAUUCCGGGCUCCGUGUUUUUGGUUGAGGGCGUUGAUUCCCUUCAUACCUCUAAGUCUCAGAGAUGGCGCGCCGUGCGCUUGAUGUUAGGAGAUGGAGAGCUAUGCAUCCAAGCCCUGCUAUCGGCUGAGAUGCAUAGGUAUAUUGAUCAGGAAGAGGUCGCAUUCGGAUCUUAUGUUAAGUUAGAACGGUUUCGAGUCGAAUGGAAAAAUGUUUCCAAUGGAAAUGGGGAGAAUCCGUCCGUAGGAAAAGGAAAGGGGAAGGCACGCGAUGACCUUAAUCCAGGAGACAAGAUGGUUUAUCUGGUUGUCGAGGAUCUCGCUCUAGUCGGGUGGAAUAACUCCCUUGUCGACGCAACAGACGUUGAAAAUACCGAAGUGCGCGUUGAUUCUCCAGAGGAACCGCAAGAACCACAAGAAAAGCCCGAGGCUAUACCUCAAUCCUCCAAUACUGUUAAUCCAUUGUUAUCAAGCCGUGGCGCACUAUCAUUGGAUAGCGGUAUCGACAUCCCCCAAGAAAUCAUCGACGUAGACGACGACUUCGAAGUGAUACCCGAUGCCGCAACCAAAGCAUCUCAUAAUAGACAGGACCUCGCUACCCGCUCCAAGGACAAGCUGGAUACCAGCUUCUUGCCUUGGUCGAGCAAGGACCCGAGCAGACCCCUGAAGCUCACAAAGCUGCGAACAAUCCCCAACUUGCCGUACAAGCAGAAUUGGAGCGUCAACGUGCUAGCUGUUGUCUCUGCCCUGUCUGAUAUCGAGCCCUCAGGUCUACCCCCCUAUACCCAGCGUCAGGCUCGGCUCGCGGAUCCUUCAACUGACAAGCAUGUGCUGCUUACCGUGUUCUUGGACCCAGAUCGGUUUGCGCCGAAGGUCGGGAGCGUGGUGUUGUUACUAGGUGUGAAGAACCAUCGGUUCGAUGGCGGUAGUUUGAAGAAGUACGUUAGCGACCGUCCGGCGGAGGGGUUUGGAUGGUGGUACGAGAAUCCGGCGCAGCUCGACUGGUGUGAUGUUGAGGGAUUGAAGAGGUGGUGGGAUGAGAGUCAGUCGUCGUAAUGAUUCUCGAGCGACGAUGCGCACGAUAUAAUCCUAUUGAACACAAGUUGUCAGCAAUGCUUGGGAUAAUGACCAUGUUCGUCCCGCGGCUUCAUCGCACUUCAGUUCCACCUAGCAGCGUCUUGCUAGUACUACAAUUUGGUCCGUUAUACCACCUCCUUCGGAUCCUAUGAAAGUUGAGGAUUGAUGGUCACCUUCCACAGAUUUUCAUUUGCCUCCAGUCCAUCAUUUUGCUGCAAAAAUUUCUCCGACACUUGUAUUCAUCGAUCAUUUCUGGUCCACGUGUAGUGAAUUACUGUCGAGUCAAACGUAUCACUGUGCACAGACAGCUUGUGAAUGUGACUCACGACCACGCUGUUUGGAAGUUUUCGAGUUGCCCGAGGAGAGAAGUCUCUUCUAAAAAAAUGAUAUAUCGAAUUUCAAGACAAUCUAAGGUACUUUAUUAUAUAUCAAGGCCCCGUUCUC